AUGGAGAGGAAAGGGUCUGGAAUGGAGGUCGGCCGGGAGAAGCAGGCGAAGCGGGACAAGCCCGACAAGCCGGAGAAGCAGAAAAAACACAGGCCCAACGCAAAUUCCGACGCCGCCCCUGCCGCCAGUGACGCUCAGCCAGCCACUGGCCUCACGCAGGAGGAGAAGCUGAUCCUGCAGGGCAAGCUCGACCAGCUGGACGACGUCCAGCUGGACAGGGUGCUAGAGUUCCUCGGGCCAGACGUGGGCGGAGGCGACGACGGGCAGGAGGUGGACCUGGACCUCGACCAGCUGGCGCCGAACCGGCAGAGGGCCCUGAUUCAGUUCGUGGACGCGGAGCUGGAGAAGGUCAAGGCGGCGGCGGCUGCAGGGAUCCAGUGUUUCGUUCGUCUCGCUCCCAACCCUGGGAACAUCGCCUCAGACAUCGCGUGGGCCAACAACAUCGUCCAGAAGCUUGGUCUACCCAGAGAGCGCUUGGCUGCGGCGGCCAGACCAUCAUUGCACCCCCUGGGUCUGCUAAGUGGAGCCUUGGACGGCUUCGCGUAUGCUAUGCAUGGCAAGCUUACUGGCGCUCCCAUCUUCUCAUUCACGUCAUGGAAUACCAGAGCACCCCUGCAGUACCAGGGUGCCAACGCGAUGCCGCAGCUCGCCUACCUCAAGCGCUUGGACUUCACCCGCGGGGUUGUUUCUCUUCAGGAGGUGCACCAGAACGAGGAGCAGCUUGCCGACUUUCUCUCUAAGGCGGCUUUUGCCGCUCGUCUUUACACCAGCUACUGCGAGGGGAGUGUCUCGCGCUGCCCCGGGCACACCGUGCCCUCCGGCGCCAGCUCGCGGCGGUGGAGCGCCGCGCGGCCAUCUGGUCUCCCCUCGAUCGUCGGCUCGUCCUGCGGGCUGUCAAACACCCCAUCGGACCCGACUUGUGCCAUCAGCGAUGCGUCAAUCAUGACCGAGGGGUUGAUAGAGCAUUGGGCUCCAAUCUUCAGAGCCAAGCCGAUCGAUCUCACCGUGGCUCAACAGUACAUUGCGCGGCACUUUCCUGCCCUGGGCAUCUCCAGGGUUGAGCCGCCGUCUCCUGCCCCUCUACGACGCGCGGCUCAGAAGAUGCACCACUCUGAGCCUGGGCUGGACUCCAUCCCGCACUCGGCACGGGCGACCACCUCCUCGGGCAUCAACGCGUUGGCCGACGCGAUGAUUUGGGUCAUGAGCGCUGUGCGCGAGCAGCUCUACCACAUUGUGGACGCCGUGGUCAUGGUCAACGGGGUGCCCGCAGUUUCGUGGCGGAUUUCUUUUGGUAUCGUCCAGGGCUGCUCACUCAGCGGCUUGAUCUACGCUGCCGUCAUCGCGUGCUUCUUAUUUGAUGUACAAGUGCUGCUAGAAGGCGAUCGACUUGGCCCUGCGCGGGCACGUGCUGACGAUAUCGGGUGCGUCGUCAAGCAUGCGCAAGCAUUGCGGGCGGUCGCUGAGGCGAUGCAGGUCGCAGAUGCCAUUGCCGCGCUCUCGCCGAAGCUGACCGAGUGCAUGCUCGUCCCCUUGCACGCUCCGUUCUCGGUGGAGGUGGCCACGACAGUUCGGCAAGCUCUUGCUGCUGCGGUUCUUUUCUUCGCGAAGAUCCAGAUUGCGAGCGCGCUGGUCUACUCGGGUCUGGUCUUGAGCCCAGCUGCUGAUGAGAGCUCCUGCCGGUUGGCGCAAUCGAUCAAGGUCAAAUUGCGCUCGCGCCUCGUUGGCAGCGGCCCGCUGGCAGCGUCGCGUCUCGCCGCCAACUACACCGCCGGGAUCGCGCCCGUGCUCUCCUACGUCGCCCAGCACAGGAUGAUGCCGCAGUGGCUCCUCAAGCAGGCGGUCGCCAACGGCCGGGCCACGUCGCACCGCAUGCUCCAACCUCGUGGCCGCAUCUCUUCCCGCUUCGGCUGCAAGCACUGCCCCGACGCCCUCGAGCACUACCUCAUGCGCGAGGAAGAGCUUGGCUACUCGCGCCUUGCCACUGCGCUGGGGCGCACCAUCUUCAAUGUCGUGGUCAUGUACUACGCCUAUUGCUCGGAGCUCAGGUCGCACGCCCCCUGCUUCUUGCAGCACUUUAGCACAGUCGUCCAGCACUUUGGCCAGCUCGUCAUCCUCGCUUUCGCCCAGCUUUCCUCGCGCGACACCGCUGCCGUCGCUCUCGAUGCCAUCCCGCUCCUCCGCGUGGUCGACGCUGGCACCUCUGUCUCGACGAUAGCUCGAGUCUCUAGCGCGGCCGGUGCUGUACUCCGAGAUCAAGCGGCGGAGGACUGCGGUGUCUUGCGCGGCCUACCGUCUUCCCUGUCUGCAGCCGACGUCCCCGGCGACCUGCUUCGAGAGAGCGCGGUUGAGACCUCUGGUAACUUCCUCUGCAAUAAUGGCUACUCCUUCAGCGACAUGGACGCUAGUGGCGCGCGCCCUGUUUUCUCCCUUGUCCAGCGCUUUAUCGCCCUUCGCCGCGAGCUGAUCAACCGCGCCAUGAUCUGGCUAGACAGCGGGGCGCCAUCGAUAUUCUACCAGGGUGGGGCUGGCAACUUCGCGACCUGGAUGGGCUGGCGCGUCGACUACGAGCGCCUGCGCCGCCGCGAAGCGGGAGACAUAUGCACGGCCGGCUGGCGUGGAAUCGUUAUCUCUCGUGAGCGCUUCCGUCGGAAGCUCGAUGAGGCCUUGCGCUUGAUGAUGAAGCUCUCCAAGCAGCACUUCGCCAUGCUCACCUAG